UAAAAAAGAAAAUCUCGUUAGAUAACAGUUGUAUGAUUUUUUCAUAUAUAUAUAAGAAAACCUUUGCACUAUAAACACAUUUAUUUAUUAUCUACUAGUUGCGACGAAAUGAACACCAAACAGUUUGUAUUUUUAUUAAUAGUUUACCAGUGCUGUUUUUUGGCAAUAGUCAAACCUCUGGAGGUACCUAAACAUAUGAAGUCGGGCGCAAAGAAAUUGACAAAUACAUGCAUGAAGGAGACAGGUGCCACAGAAGAAAUGUUUACAGAAGCUAAAAGAACGGAGCAAUUGCCUGGUGACAAUCGAUUGAAGUGCUUCAUGCACUGCAUGCUGGAUAAAAUCGGCUUGAUCGAUAAUGAAAAUAUUAUUCAUUUGGACAACCUUCUGGAAAUAAUGCCCCCUGAGUUCCUUCCGAUGAUAGAACAGCUACAUACAACAUGUGGAACCAAAAGUGGUGCCGAUGGCUGUGAAACUGCAUUUCUAACCGUGGACUGUUAUAUUAAAACGAAUCCAGUGAUAUUAAAACUGUUAGUUGUAACCGUUUCCGAUUAAAAUAGCAAGUAGUAUGAAAAUUUAAUAAAUAAAUUUCAUCCAAAUAUUUGGUAUUGAAUAAAAGGGAGCUACAUUUUUGGCUACG